AUGAUGGAAUGCACUGUUAAAGCAAAUAGCCAUGAAAAGAGACCUUUGGAAAAUCCGAGACCUUCGGAUGUACAGAAAAAGCCUGCAGAUAACAACUUGAACAAUCCUGUAUUUGUUAAUCACGCUGCAAUUGCGUGGAAUGAAAGCCGAAAAAAAUGGAUUGGGAAUGUAUCUCAGAGGUCAGGAAGAACAUCAAAGGAUCCAAUUAUAAGCUGGUCCACCACAUAUGAAGACCUGCUCUCGACUCACGAGCCAUUUUCCGAGCCUAUUCCUUUAUCUGAAAUGGUCGAUUUUUUGGUCGAUAUAUGGCAAGAUGAGGGGCUUUUCGAUUGA